AUGACACGUAUGAGUGGUAUCGAAGAUGAUUCUUUUUCAUAUUCUUUUUUGCUUAUUUCCGGCCAGCUCAGAGAUCCCACGCGCCUCACCCCCCGCCCGCAAACCUCGAGCGCUCCCUUGGGAGCGGGUGGAGGCGCCGCCGCCGCCUCCGGUAUGAACACUAGCGGCACGUUCUGGCCCUCCGAUUUAGAUUUAGAUUUGGAGAGCUCAGACUUCCUGGACAGUCUUCUUCUCGGCGGAGAGAUGAUGACGACCCAGCAACAACAUCAUCAUGCCGGCGACGAGCGCCUCGGGCACGGGCCCGUUCCACUCGGGGCACGCGCCGCUGGUGAAGAUCACGAUCCACGCGUCGUUCUCGCCGAACGCGACGCGGGAGAUGGUCUUCUUCCGCGUGCCCUUGCCGAUGAGCGACGUGAACCGGUCGCCCGCGCCGUCGUGGCAUCAAACAACAACAAACAGCGCCUGCGGUGGACGCCAGAGCUGCACAAGAUGUUCGUGGACGCGGUCAAGCGGCUGGGCGGCUUAGACCUCGCGACGCCGAAGGGAAUCAUGCAGCUGAUGGACGUGGAAGGGAUGAGCAUCCAACACGUCAAGAGCCACCUGCAGAAGUACCGCUUGCAAGACAGCGGGGGCGGCGCGAGCGAGUUCAGGGUGUCCCCGGACGCGUCGGCGUCGGGGAAACGCCCGCGGUCGGAAGAAGACGACGCCGGCGGCAACGGGAAAGACGGGAACAACAGUGCCGGAAAGACGCGGCGGCGGCCGUCGGCGGCGGAGCGGAGCGCCGCGCGUCUGCGCGCGGCGGAGGAAAAAGCGAGGGAAGAACGCGACGCCGCGCGGUCCAUGGCCGCCGCCGCCGCCGCCGCCGCCGCCGCCGCGGUAGAGAGGCAGAACGUCGAGCUCGCGCUCCUGACGGGCGACGCCGCGGGGGCACGCGACGCGUUGGAGAUGUCCUCCCACCACGCCGCGAGCCAUGUCGGCGGCGCGUACGACGACGUCUUGGACUUGGUCGCCGGCCCCGGCGAGAGCGGCGACGGCGACGGCGCGUGGGGGGACGUCCUCCACGACCACGCGAUCGUCGGCGCCGCGGGCGACGACGUCGGUUUAGUCGACGACGUCGGGAGCGAUCCGGAAGCUGCGGCGGCGAUGCUGAAGCAGCUCGAGCUGCAAAAGAAACUGCACGAGCACCUCAUGAGUCAACGCAGGCUCCAGCAGCAGGUGGAAGCGCACGGGGUGUACUUGGAGACGAUCCUAGAUCAACAGAAACGGCGGCGGGGAGUGGAGUAGUCGAGCUCCCGAAGCGACGCGAUAGCAAUAGCAGCGGCGUGGUCAUCGAUACGCGACGAGACGGCCAACGAUGACGUUUUCAAUAUUUGACGAAGACGACGUAAAACGAGUGACGAGACGUACAGUAGACGACAGGAUGAAAGUUUAUUUCGCGC